GAUCUAGUUUUAUUUUACUAACAAUUACAGUAUCUAAAAGACAAUGAUCGAAACAUUUUGAUUCACAAUAUUUAUUCCCCUUCUGGAAUUGAUCAGGUAAUUUGGUGUGGUCCUACGCUGUAUCAAGAGUAAAGUAUUUCGUAAGAAACAUAUCGAAUUCGAUUGUUAAUUAUACAAUCAACUCUUUAUAUGCACCCUCUGUAAACGCAAGUGCACGCUUUUGCUCAGCCCCGAAAUUUACACGUUCUCUGGUUGUUUACACUCUAUAAAUGCACAUCCUCCCUUAUCUCCUCAUCUUUUUUCUUUUUUAUUUUAUUCAACUGGUGACUAUGUCUCCAUAUUUUUUUUUUACACAUGGUUAUUUUUACGUUCUUGGAAUAAACAUGUCUCUGAUAAAAUUAUUACAUAAUAUAUUAUUACGUUCUUGCUUAAUAUGCUUCAUAUUUCUCGGUAAAGAUGGGCUAAACAGCUUUGAACUUUGACUUAAACUUUAUUAGCAUAAGAUAUAAACUCACAAAUUAAGUACAAACUAAUCUCAGAAAAUACAAAGUGAAAAAAAAGUAAUAGAAACAUUUAAAAUACUACAUUACACCUUUAUCUAUUCCUGUAUGCCCCGACUUAUUUAAAAUACAGAGGAAGAAGUAUAUUUUCUCCGUAAAAAUUGCUACGAAAAUUUAUUACUUGAUGUAUAGAUUAUCAUUAACC